GAAUAAACAAAUAUAUAUAACAUAUUUACACACCAAUAGAUAUAGCAUAUAAUGUCUGAAAUAGAUAGUGGUGUAGUUGAAAGUGUUAAUGAUAACCAGUCAAAUGUUGAAGUUAACCAAGUUGAAGUGAUAACUAACGAAUCUGACAAUAUAGAGACAAAUGAAACUACUGAAAAAUUACCCGAGUCGUAUGAAUCUGAUGCAGUAGUGAUUAAUGAGACUCAUCCAGAGAAUGAUGACGUAUCUGAAAGUUCAAAGACAGAUCUGCAAACUCCGAAUGACGAAGAAGUGAUAGAAUCAGAAGGGGUACGAGAAUCAGUAGCACAACCAGAAGCACAACCAGAAGCACAACCAGAAGAAGAUAAGCAAGAGCCUACUCAUGUAAUUGUGGAGUCCAUUCAAAUAGAAAGACAUCCAGAAAAUGAAUCAGAACAACCAGAUGAAUCCAGACAAGAAUACCAAGACGUUACUGAGUCCAGCAAUGACAAUUCUAAGGAAGAUUUCGUUAUAGAUACACAAGCAUAUUCUGAUGAAGAAAUCAAUGUUGACGAUAUAUCAUCAGAUAGUGAGUCUGAAUCUUCAGAUAGUGACUCAGAUUCAGAUUCAGAUUCAGACUCCGAUUCUUCAGAUUCAGAGACCGAAGAUGUAUCAAAUAAAGGAUCGAAAGCUGAAGUUGAUGAAGAUGAUUUUGAUGAUGAUGAAGAUGGUGAAGUUUCUGGAGGUCCUAUAAUCUCUAAAAAUGAAGUAGCAAAUGAAGUGGCCCCGUCUUUACCAGAAGAUUAUAAAUUAAAUUCAGAUGCUCCUAUUGAACCAAUUGGAACUAUUAUAUCAUUAGUAGAAAAUUCUGUUAUUAUAAAAGCUAAUACAUCAGGAGAAUUCAGAGUUUUAAAAGAAAAAUCAAUCUUUUGUCUUCAAGAUAGAACUGUUAUAGGAAUGCUAUUUGAAACAUUUGGUAGAGUUCAAGAACCUAUUUAUAGUGUGAAAUUUAAUUCUAAAGAAGAAUUUGAAAAAUUUAAAGAUUCUAAGGGUCAAACAGCUUAUUAUGUAGUACCUGAUUCUGAAUUUAUUUAUACAGAUGCUAUAAAAUCUAUUAAAGGUACAGAUGCUAGUAAUUGUCAUGAUGAAGAAUUACCAGAGGAAGAACAAGAAUUCUCCGACGAUGAGAUGGAAUUAGAAGCAAAGAGAUCUAAAAAGAAAAAGAAUAGAUCUAAGAAUAAAGAUAAAGAUGGUGAUAGUAAUGAUCAACCUACCAAGAGACAGAAUCCUUUACCUAGUACUCAACCACCACCCAAGAGGUUCCAACCUUAUGGAUAUGCAGAACAACCAAGAUCAAAGCAAACUCCAACUUCAGUUUAUAAUCCAUUACAUACAAAGCAAGAAGUUCGUCAACAAUGGUCUAACCCUCAACCUCCUGUUCCUUCUUAUCAACAAACUCCAUAUGGGGUACCUUUUAAUCAAAUUCAACAACCUCAACAAAUACCGUUCAAUAAUCAACAACAAUAUAACCAACCUUAUACUCCUCAUGUUGAACCUUCUCAACAAUUGUAUUCUAAUCAUCAACCUUAUCCUAAUCAACAAUAUCCUCCUCCUGCCCAAUUCGUUAACCAACCAUAUGGAAACCAAUACAAUCAACCACAAUUCCCAUACAAUAACACUUACCAACCAAAUCCAUAUAAUGGAGGACAACCACAAUAUAAUCAACAACAACAAGCACCACCACCACCACCUCAAAACAACAAUGUAUCACAGGAUCAGUUGAUCCAAAUUCAACAACUUAUUAUGAAACAGUUACAGAAUGGUAAUAACCCAAAUGGGAAUCCUUAAAUCAGUUAUAUAGAAAAAAUCAAUUUAAUUAAUUAAUUAAUU